ACCACCUCCCAAAAAAUCCCAGUCUUCUCUUCCUCUGAUUCUCUAUCAAGUUUUUUAAAUUUUCUUUCUUUUUAUUCUAUUUUAGUAGCAAUUUGGUUCUGUAAAGUUGUUGGUAAAAGAAAAAUAGAUACGAAUCAAAACAUUUUUGAAUGAUUAGGUGAUUAAAUGCUAAGCAAAUCAGAUUAAGCAAAAAUCUGUUCUUUUUUGGUUGUAAUUUGGUUUUUCAAGUCAGAUAUGGUGAGAGAUUCUGGUGGUGGUGGUGUUCAUCAAUGGAUUAUGUGAAAAAGGUUUGCUUUUGUUUGUCUUGUCGCUUUUACAAUCUGCUGCUGUUUGAAUUUUGUGCUUAUUUCAUUAAGUAUUAUAGCUUAGAGCCUUAGAGUUUGAUUUUGUAUCUGGUUCUGUAGAGUUUAUAAGAAAUUUGAGAAAGUAGGAGAUCUUUACAAUCAUCUAAUGAAUAAAAGAAACUGUGUUCAAAGUUUGUUAACUACUUACCAAGUACUGUGAUAAUUUUCCAUUGGAACAUUGAUAGCUUUUGAUUUUAGAAACAACAAGUUUCAGAUUGUUUUCUAAAGCUGAGUGUGUGCUACUAUUGAAAUUUGAUUUGGCUUGUUUAGUUUUUCUUUGGACAAGUUUGAUGAUUUAUCCAAAUUCAGUUUUUUAUUUUUUGGUUCUGGUGUGAGACUGUGAUCUUCUUACGGAAUGUUGCUUUUUUUUUUGUUUCUCGUUUCUUAUUGGGCUGAGGUUUUGGUGAAGGGAUUAGAAUAAGUUUGGGGAAAGAAGAAAUGUGCAAGUGUUAUGUCAGUGUAGAGGGGAAGUUUCUGCAGAAUCUUAGCUGUUACUUGAUGCUGCUUCUAUUCUAUCUUGUUCAUGGAGGCUGGUCUUGACACUUUCAUGAGAUAUUAGUAUUCUAAAAAUGUGUUUUAAUAACAUUGAAACUGGUGAUGAAGUGGAAACCGAGAGGCAAGUGUUUGGUUCAUCUGAAGAAGAUGAAUUUCGAGUUGAAGAUACUGCUAGAAAUACCAACAAUGUACAGAUUUCUCAACAACAGCAGCAACCGCUAGCUCAUGUUGUGAAGUGGGAGAGGUAUCUCCCAGUUAGAUCGCUUAAGGUUCUUCUGGUGGAGAAUGAUGACUCAACACGCCAUAUUGUUACUGCCCUUUUAAAGAAUUGCAGCUAUGAAGUUACUGCUGUUCCGGAUGUCCUUGAAGCCUGGAGAAUUCUAGAAGAUGAGAAAAGUUGCAUUGAUCUUGUCUUAACAGAGGUUGACAUGCCUGUGCAUUCAGGAACCGGUCUGCUGUCCAAGAUUAUGAGCCAUAAGACACUUAAGAACAUCCCCGUCAUAAUGAUGUCAUCACAUGAUUCUAUGGUUCUGGUCUUUAAGUGUUUGUCGAAUGGUGCUGUUGAUUUUCUCGUGAAACCCAUUAGAAAGAACGAACUAAAGAAUCUUUGGCAACAUGUCUGGAGAAGAUGUCACAGCUCUAGCGGAAGCGGAAGUGAGAGUGGAAUACAUGACAAGAAGUCGGUGAAACCUGAAAGCACCCAAGGGUCAGAAAAUGAUGCCAGCAUCAGUGAUGAACACAGGAAUGAAAGUGGGAGUAGUGGUGGUUUGAGUAACCAAGAUGGUGGGAGUGAUAACGGGAGUGGAACUCAGAGUUCUUGGACAAAAAGAGCCAGUGAUACUAAGAGCACCUCGCCUUCAAAUCAAUUUCCCGAUGCACCCAACAAGAAAGGAACCUAUGAAAAUGGAUGUGCACAUGUUAAUAGACUGAAGGAGGCUGAAGAUCAGAAGGAACAAAUAGGCACGGGAUCACAGACAGGAAUGUCUAUGAGUAAGAAAGCUGAAGAACCAGGAGAUCUUGAAAAGAAUGCAAAGUAUUCUGUUCAAGCUUUGGAGAGAAACAAUGAUGACACGCUGAAUCGCUCUUCUGGUAACUCACAAGUAGAAAGCAAAGCACCUUCAUCUAACCGAGAAGAUUUGCAAUCACUCGAGCAAACUCUGAAAAAAACAAGAGAGGAUAGAGAUUACAAAGUCGGUGAUCGAAGUGUGUUGAGGCAUUCAAAUCUCUCUGCAUUCUCAAAAUACAAUAAUGGUGCUACUUCUGCUAAGAAGGUAACUUUUCAUGAUGCUUGGCGCUGUCUUUGAAAUUUAUGCCGGUUUCAUCAAAAACUUUGAACUUUUGCUGAGUUAGGCUCCAGAAGAAAAUGUGGAAAGUUGUUCUCCUCAUGACAGUCCUAUUGCAAAACUGUUGGGUUCGAGUUCAAGCAGUGACAAUCCUUUAAAGCAGCAGUCUAGUGGAAGUGACCGAUGGGCACAAAGAGAAGCUGCUUUGAUGAAGUUUCGCCUUAAACGUAAAGAGCGAUGUUUUGAGAAAAAGGUUAGGUACCAUAGCAGGAAGAAACUAGCUGAGCAACGGCCUCACGUCAAAGGUCAAUUCAUUCGCAAGAGGGAUGAUCAUAAAUCAGGAAGUGAAGACAAUUGAACAACAAAAUUGGUAUAGAAGAGAGAUCCACCUCCAAUAUCUGAAGAACAGAAGAAAAUUUCACAAAGUGGCAUUUUUUUUUUUCCAUUUCCAAAAACAGAUAGUAGUCUUGUUUAAAUAACGUCAUUACUAUUCUACAAACAUAAUAAUGUCGCUAUAGUACUUCUUCUCUGAAAACAAUAACUCAUUAACAUUUCAAUAAAUAAUGUUACUCAUUAAUUAGUGUGUGUGUUUUAUGAAUAUA